AUGUUUGCAACCUGGAAAUACGACCGCGACACCUCCGAGGUGCAAAAUAUUCGUCUCGCAUAUGAUCCCAUCUCUGCUCGAUCAAGCCAGCACCAAGCGUGCGACCGCUGCCAUGAGAAAAAGUUAAAAUGCAGCGGUGAGAAGGACGGCUGCGACCGUUGCGUCUCCAGUGCCCAUCCUUGCGUCUACAACCGCAGCGAGGCGCGAUGCUCCCGCCGGGGCAAGAGGGGCAGCCGAUGCUCGACCGACAACAGCGCCAUUGAGGAGACGCUGAGCCGCACCACCAGCAGCGCGGGCUCGCCGUCGCGACGGAGCACGCAGACGCAGCAGCAGCAGAACCGCGUCCGCAAGGGCUCCCAGUCGCGCCGCAAGUCAAAUUGCUCGUCGGCCGCCCAGUCGCGCUCCUCGACAGAACCAGACACCGACUUCACCUCGCCGCGCACCUCGGCCGCCCCCUCGAUCGCGGGCAGCCCCUACAGCCUCUCUGCCAGCUUCGCGGCCAUCUCGGAGAGCGGCGACUACUCGACCUCUCUCGCGAGCCCCUACGACUCUGCCGGCGCCGUCGCCAUGGCCCAGCACCAGCACCACCAGCAACAGCACAUCCCGUACACCAUGCCCUACCACGACUGCGGCUACCAGUCUGGCGCUGCCUGGCCGGGCGCCUACCAGCGCGACCCAAGCACCUCGGCCGGACUGAGCAGCUCGUACAUCUCGACCGUGUCGAACCCGCACGCCUUCCCGGUCUUGACGCCUCCCGACGAGUAUAUGCAGUUCCAGGCCUUUUCCGGCUUGCAGACUGCUGGUGCUGACAUUUGGCCCUACCGCCGCUAG